AUGUCUCCCGCAUUAACCGUCGAACCUCUUGACUUUGAGGCCCCUAUCAACUACUUUAGUCCACAGAAGGAGAAACUCAGACACGAAACCCUUAAGCCAAAGCAAUUCGGCAAAACCGACGAUGAUUCAAGAGUUGCAAUAGUCCACGAUUUGCGUGGUAAAGAAGAUCAGUUCACUCUCGCAGAUAAUGGAUUUAUCUUCACGGAACUGAAGACCUCAGGGAAGGAUGAGGAUUUCUUCAACGAGGAAUGGGUCAAAUCAGUAUACUACAAGGAGGUCGGAGAAGUAGUAAAGAAAGUGUAAGUUGACAGAAACGCAAAUUUUCACCACAAUCGCUAACAUUGAAGAAGUACUGGAUGUGACUUGGCCAUUGUGUACCAACACGUCAAUCGCAGUGCUGCCCAGUCUCUAGACGAAAGCAACCCAGCCAAUAUGGGCGACCCUGCUAAGAAUGGACCUGCCACUAAGCCACACUGUGACUUUUCUGGCGAGCACUUGGACGCAUACCCCAAGCUAAUGGGCGCAAGUCUUCCCAAACCUAUCAAAGACAUGUGGGAGUCCUCCUCUCGCUGGGCCAUGUACGGAGCUUGGAAACCACGUGUAACCAUCACCCGUGAUCCUCUAAUUGUUGCUGACUCGCAAUCUCUGCGCGACGAAGACUACCUGCCGGUUGAGCGCGAGGUCGGUCCUGAAGGUCACAAAUUCAUACUGGGCAACUAUUUGAUUGCACAACCAAGCGAGGAAAACGCACACAAGUGGUAUUAUCUGCAUCGUCAGCGACCAGAUGAAAUUGUCAUCUUUGGUGGAACAGACACCAAGCAGGAUAAAAAGGGGUGGAGAUGUGCGCACACUGCUGCAGUGAACCCACAUUACGUCAAUGACCCUCCAAGAGAGAGUAUUGAGGUUCGAUGUGUUGCCAUUUGGAAAUGA